GUGUACCAAACGUCACAUCCGGGCAUUAAGUCGCACUGAGAAGAGAAACUAGUAUAUAUAUAUAAAUCUUCUGUGACCCACAUAUAGCGUCCUGUCGGGAGCAUUGUACUUUAUCAUUACCGACUGUCAAAAGUUUGACAAAAAUUACAACAUGACCGAUAAUGUUUUGGUACAAUUGAGAAGAAAUGUAUCGGCUACAUCUUGGGGAUUCAGCAUCCAGGGCGGACAGGAGCACGGUACGUGUGUGUUCAUCCAAAAGGUAAAGCCAAAGGGCAUAGCUGACCGGAGUGGACUGAGGGCGGGGGACGGUCUGGAACAGAUUGGACACACACCCACACAGUAUUUACGUCACGACCAAGCCAAGAUGGAGAUCAUCCGAGCAGGGAACGAAUUAGAUUUAUAUGUGAGAAGGAAUGCCGUGAACAUUGAGAGCUCCGGAAAUGUGUUGACCCCAGUAAAUGCAUACGUGGUCGAGGAUUCCACAGAUUACCGGGGUUACACCAACCCCAAUGUACAGUCCAGGUCCUUCAGGAUCCUUCAGGACUCCCUCCAGUACUCAGAGAUGCAGGAAGGUAAAUGAGAACAACAGAGUGAUUUGGAACAAAUAAGACGAGGAAACAGCGGCCACAGGAAACGGAGUCUCCGUAGUGACGAAACAUUAUCCGUCAUCUUCUCAAAGACUUUCAGGAACAAGGAAAUUAUUCUGUCAGUUCAAUCUAAAAUAUGAUUCGGAUGAAUGAGGGAGGGUCUAUAUGUUCUAGAUUUACUCGAAACGGUCACAAAUUUUUGAAUAGAUAAUGGAUAGAAAGAAAUUCAAUAAGUUUGUGUUCUGGAUAUACAUGGUAGAUUGUAUUAUAAUUGCGGUUGUGUAUUUUGUAUGUAAGAUCGGCAGUGUUGAAAUUGAAAUCCUGAAUGUCUGAAAUUGAUUAUGUUGGAAUUGGAAUCCCGAAUGUUUAAAAAAGAUAACGUUGUGAUUGGAGUUGAGUGUAUGUUAGGUAGUUUUAACAUGUACUUACAGAUUUCUGUGGGUUUAAUCAAAAUAGUCAGUAUCACCGAGUGACGAUAAUAUUUUCUAAAAAGACUAACAUAAUUUGCCUUGUUCCUGAAACGUAAACACCCACAUCAAAAAGGCAUUGUGAUAUACUGAUACAGGUUUUUACCAAUAAUUAGGAUGUAAUAUUUGUUUCUUGAGGAAUCAAACAAGAUUUGCUGAAAGUGAUAGCUUUAGUAAAUUGUAAUGAUCCGAGAACAACUUUACACUCCUGUAUGAUUUGUGUAUAAUGUGUACGUUUUUUUAUUGUGAUUUGUAACUGUGUUGAUUAUUUUUAUAUAUAUUUGGUUAACGGCAUCGUGAUGCUUGUCCAUAUUGAUAUGUUAUCAGUCUCGUUGAAAUCGCUUUGGGCGACCGGAUCGGGUCUACCGUCGUCCAACUUAGAAUUAGAAAUCACUUGGAUAAUGAUCAUUAAAAUCCUUUAUAAUAAGGGGCGGUCAAAAAACGGUCAACCCUUACGAACAAACCACUAUAUAAAUUAGUUUUCUGUGAUCCGAGGAAAUGUCUAACGACUCAUCUGUGUAUUUUUUCUGAUUGAAUUAACCUGUAUGUAAUCCAAUUGAACAAGGAAAUAUAUUCUGUGUAUUCCUCCCACUGAAAUAAAACUUUCAGUAAACAAACCUGGUCUUUUGAGGACUACAGAGUAUCGACAGGAGUUAGAUCUGCCAUAGUGUUCCGACAUGUCAGUGUUGUACAGUGUUACAUACCGAUACAUUCAGUUUAAUUUAUUUUGCAUUUUAAUGUUGUUAUGUUUAUGCUUUAGACGUUAAAUGUAUGACUCCUGUAUGAUAUAUAUUUCUGUAUUCAAAUAUGUACAUUUGGUAUCAUUGUAAAUAUUAUUCAAUAAUAUGAUUUUUUUUUCAAGUAUAUAUUAUAUAUGCAUUGACUUAAUGUAAAUUGUUACAUAGAAUAAUUAAGAUUUUUCCAUUUCAAAGAUAUAAAAGUAUAUUUUUACAGAUUGUAACAUUUUAGUACCAGAUCUACUACUAGAAUAAAGUUUUCUAAUUAGUUCUCAAGUCUAUAGACACAUACAUCAGUAAUAUUAGGAUGAGUUGACUAGCAGUAUCUGACAAGUUGGUUACACUGCACUCCCUACCAGUAAACCAGUAUUACCAUACACAACUCUCCUGUCACUUUUAUCCGGUUAUACAUCUCUCUGCAGCAUAUUCUCUCCUGAUUAUGUGCUUUCCAAGGAGAGUUUUAUCCAAUGUGUUGAGUGAAUAAACAUGUUCUUGUGCA